GCUCAGCUCGGCUAGGAGCAAAACCAUACUCCUCCUCGUCGUGCUGUGCACCCACUGCACGCACUGCAGCCAUGGUGCCUGCUCGGGAGCUACAAGAGACCUCCUCGUCGUCGUCGUGGACGUCGUCCUACACGACCAGCUCCACGUCCAUGUCAUGCUCGUCCACCGUCACGGACUCGUCGUCCUGCCCUUCCUCGCCGGCGAGAGCCGUCAAUGCCGCGGCGCCGGCGCCGCGCAAGCGGCAGCUGGAGGAGGAGGAGGAGGAGAGGGAGGAGGAGAUGGAGACGGAGGAGGGGAAGACUACAACGACGAAGAAGCAGAAGCAGAGGAAGCGGAGCAGCGACGGGAAGCACCCGGUGUACCGCGGCGUGCGGAUGCGGGCGUGGGGCAAGUGGGUGUCGGAGAUCCGCGAGCCGCGCAAGAAGUCGCGCAUCUGGCUGGGCACGUUCCCCACCGCCGAGAUGGCUGCCCGCGCGCACGACGUCGCCGCGCUCGCCAUCAAGGGCGCCCGCGCCGCGCACCUCAACUUCCCGGAGCUCGCGGACGUGCUCCCGCGCGCCGCGUCGCCGGCGCCCAAGGACGUGCAGGCCGCCGCCGCAUUGGCCGCCGCGUUCACGGCCUCGCCGUCAUCGUCUACUGAGGAGGAGGGCACCGUCCAAGAAGAGAAGAACGACGCCGGCGCCGCCGCUGAGCCGGAGUCUGCUGCUGCCACGCCAACGAGCGGGGAUGAGGCGAAGGCGGAGGCGGAGCUGCAGCUGUUCGACCUGCCGGACCUGCUCCUCGACAUCCGGGAUGGGUUCGGGUUCUCGGCCACCAUGUGGAUUCCGCUCCCCGACGUGGAGGAGGUCAAUGCGGAGCUCCGGCUCGAGGAGCCACUCCUUUGGGAGUAGCAGAUGCUUGCGAAGACCAGUCAAUCAAAAAUAUACUAGUAUAGGGUACUUAAUCGCUAGUUCAAUUUCUUCUUUGCUUUUUUUCUUUUCUUUUUCACUAGUUCGCCUCUGUUUUUUUACUUUCUUGGCCUAAUAAGGGAGUAAUAUACAUAGUAGUAUACGCGAAAGAAAAUGCGACUACUCUAUGUACUGCAGGAGUACUACAUGUUACCUGUGGGUUAAUUAUUACAUAGUGAUGUGUGAAUUCUAAUGGUUGACCUU